CAUUGAAGAGAUCACAAAUGGUGAAGUUUACAAAAUAAGCCGAAAACGAUGCCACGUUUUAUUGCUACCGGUUCACUUAUUCCACAGGUCUACUAUGCAUUCUCUUGCCACCCUAACUUCCGUUUACUCUACUUGUCCUCGAUCUCGAUCCUCGGUCUCCUUGCUAUCAUCACUCUCCUCUCUCCUGCUCUCUCUACUCCGCGUUUUAGACCUUUCAGAGCUAAUCUUUUCCUUGCAAUGGGAUCAUCUGCUGUGAUACCUGCUACACAUGUGCUUUGCCUUUACUGGGAUCAUCCUAACGUGUUUGUCGCCCUCGGGUAUGAGAUUGCCACUGCCUUGUCGUAUUUUGUGGGAGCAACGUUUUAUGUUAGCCGUGUGCCUGAGAGGUGGAAGCCUGGUGCGUUUGAUAUGGCAGGACAUAGCCAUCAGAUAUUCCAUGUGUUUGUAGUUUUUGGUGCUCUUGCUCAUUGUGUCACCACUCUUCUCAUCAUUGAUUUUUCACGGGCUUCGCCUUCUUGUGGGUUUUAGCAAGAAGAUAUUGUUUAGUAAGCUCUUGUGAUCUUGCAUUUCGAUGUAUGUGAUCUUGGUUUGCUUUGGACUGUCCAUUGCUAUUUCCUAUUAGAAACCGAGACUUGAUUUGUCGAAUUUCAUUUCCAAGAUCGAAAUGAUUCAGAUUACUAAAGCAGAAUAUAUGCAUAUCGAUUCC